CCGGCGCCCGGGCGCCCGGGGAUGGAGCUCCAGAGCGGCCCAGGCUCGGGAGCGGAGGGGCUGUGGCAACAGGAUUUCCAGGAGCCAUGUUGUCAGAAGUCCUGCUGGUGUCCGCUCCAGGGAAAGUCAUCCUUCACGGAGAGCAUGCCGUGGUCCAUGGCAAGGUAGCCCUGGCUGUGGCUUUGAACUUGAGAACAUUCCUCCGGCUUCAGCCCCACAGCUAUGGGAAAGUCGGCCUCAACUUACCCAACCUUGGCAUCAAGCGGGCCUGGGACAUGGCCAGGCUUCAGCUGCUGGACAUGAGCUUUCUGGAGCGAGCGGGCAACACGGCGCUCACCCCAGAGCAAGUGGAGAAGCUGAAGGAGGCAGCGGGCUUCCCCGAGGACUGCACUGACCACGAGCGCCUGGCCGUGCUGGCCUUCCUGUACCUGUACCUGUCCAUCUGCCGGAGUCAGAGGGCCCUGCCCAGCCUGGACAUCACCGUGUGGUCGGAGCUGCCCCCUGGGGCUGGCCUGGGCUCCAGUGCCGCCUACUCCGUGUGUCUGGCAGCUGCCUUCCUGACUGCGUGUGAGGAGAUCCCAAACCCGCUGAAGGAUGGGGAGGCCACUGGGAGGUGGACUGCAGAGAACUUGGAAUUAAUUAAUAAAUGGGCCUUCCAGGGGGAGAGGAUGAUUCACGGGAACCCGUCUGGAGUGGACAACGCUGUCAGCACCUGGGGAGGAGCUCUCCGAUACCAACAAGGGAAGAUUUCAUCCUUAAAGAGGCCGCCAGCCCUGCAGAUCCUGCUGAUCAACACAAAGGUCCCUCGCAGCACCAAGGCCCUGGUGGCUGGCGUCAGGAGCAGGCUGCUCAAGUUCCCAGAGAUCAUGGCCCCCCUCCUGACCUCCAUAGACGCCAUUUCCCUGGAGUGCGAGCGAGUGUUUGGAGAGAUGGCAGCAGCCCCGACCCCGGAGCACUACCUUGUGCUGGAAGAGCUCAUCGAUAUGAACCAACACCAUCUGAAUGCCCUCGGUGUGGGCCAUGCCUCGCUGGACCAGCUGUGCCAGGUGACCAUGGCCCACGGACUGCACAGCAAGCUCACGGGUGCAGGCGGUGGGGGCUGCGGCAUCACGCUUCUCAGGCCAGAUCUGGAGCGGCCAGAGGUAGAGGCCACGAAGCAGGCGCUGACCAACUGUGGCUUUGACUGCUGGGAAACCAGCAUCGGUGCCCCUGGUGUCUCCAUGACGCGGCUGCCUCCCUGGACGCCCCUGUCCGGCAAGCCCUGGACGGCCUCUGAGAUGAGCCCACGCGGCUGCAGCCCCACCGCGAAGCCCUUUCCCGGGUUAUUCUGGGCUCUUGAGUUGGUGUCUGUGCUGGCCAGUGGGCGCCCAGCUCCUGGCACUGAUGGGGGGGGGGGCGCCCAGCUCCUCUGUGAUGCCCCUCCUGCUGGCAGUCCCCGCCCUGAGCCAGGCAGCCCAGAAGACGUGGUCUGUGUUCUGCAACGUUCUCUCGAGCUGGCUGGGCAGCAGGGCUGCGUGGGGACUGAGACUGCAGACCUGAGAUGUGAGGGCCUCUUUCCUGUCCUCCCCGAAGCUCCCACAGACCCACAAACUCCCUGGCUGAACUGCUUGGACACCUGGAUGCAGGACUCUGGUUCCUGGAGGAGUCGGCUUUCUCCCUCCUUCCACCUCUGCAACACUUACAUGUCUGUCCCUCAGGGCCCAGGCCCCUCCCACCUCCUCCAGGAAGCCUUCCCUGACACUUCGUAGGGUAACCCUUGUCCCAGCGUCCUCCCUUCACACCUUCAGUCUGUUUGAACCAUCAGCACUUUGCUGGGCUGUUCUCUUCAGGUAGAUUGUGGGGCCCCAGGAGGUGCCCAGGUGGUGGUCUUUGCCUUCUGCCCUUCUGCCCUCCUGCCCGAGGCUGGGCGAAAGGCAGCAUCUAUGGGUGGUUUCUUCCAGCUUGUACCCGAGGGGUUUGCAGAAAAGAUGGCAGUGGGGGAAUAAAAAGCUCUUAAAUCAUCA